AUGCAGUCAGCUGAACUCUUGGAGAUCCAUAAGGCCACACAGGUUUUAUUGGAGAGUUUGAUACGAGGGUCAACUACCAACUUUGACCCCGGCGAAGCACUGUCCCAGCCUGUUACGUUCAGCACCUCGGGACAACCCAGCAUCCGACCGUGGUGCGAAAGACCAGAGAAUCGGGCACUUUUCACUCCUGGUCUGGAAACCCUUUGGUUCGAGCCCAAGAUAUUCGAUUUCGAAGCCAUUGGCAAUUCCGACCCUCCAGAUUCACUCCCCACACAUGAGCGUUAUCUUUGGAACACACUUAAAAUGUUUCAUAUGCCUAGUGCCACUUUAAUUGAACGUGGAAUGCACUACGUCUUGGCGUCACUUGUAUUGAUUGGAUCUGAUGCCGAGCAGCCGCGUUACUCUCCCGAACUUCCCGACAUUUCGCCUCUAUCUGCAGGAGCUCGUAGUGCUUAUUCGUGCUGGCACCACUACAAGACCCUUUCAUCCUUUCGUUGGGCAAAUAUCGGAGCGAAACGAGCUGAAUCAGCUGAUGGGUGCAUUGAAGAUCUCGACAAGCUGAUUGCAACAAUCUACACGAUGGUGGAGACAUUUGCUAGUAUAUGGGCAACUACAUCUCUCAAGGCCGACAUUGCAGCAACCGAAGAACUAAUCAAGAGGAGUACUUCUUCCGAAACUAUCAAUUCCCUGACUUCGAACAAGGAACAGCUGAAGAACGCUUUUAAUCAAAUCAAAGUCGAAUAUUGUAACCUACCAGCCCUUGUGGCCUUUCUAUCUUCUGGCGUCAAGGGAUUAAUGAUAUAUCCCACCGACAUACGAGCAUAUACUCCUCUACGGGCCGUAAACUUUCUAUUGGUGACCAGCCACUUAUCUCAGCGCAAUGAAACGAUCUCGGAGCCAAUAUGGAAGAGGACCCAAUCAUAUAUAGUUGGCUUUUUGAAAGCUGUCAUCCAAUCAACAGAAAAAUGGGUACCUCAAGAAUUGAAUCGAUACCACCUAGCCAAGGCUGUCUUCCUCGAUUUCUCGGACUAUCAUAUCUCACGGAAUAUGACAGAAAUUCCCAUUCCCAAGGCAAGAAACUACAAGGUACAGUCCAAAUCAUACUCCUGA